AUGGGGCGAUCAACGAGCUCCAAGGCCAGCAAAGACAAUGACGGCGGCGAGAAGAUUAGCAUCACGGACCAAGUCCGGCUCUACGGCAUCUACAUGUAUGUGGAUUUUGUUUUUGUUUUUCGCUUUCGUAAAGAGAACGAGAAUGUAUCCAUAAAGAAGCAGUGGCAAGACGAGCUCGCGGCUACUCUUACUGCUGCCAAGAUGGAGAAGGCCGAGCUCAUCAAUCACAUUGGCAAGAUCGAAAAAGAGCUCUACACCUUGCAGCACUUUUCGGAGAAAAAGGUAGAUUAUGGCUUUCAUUUCGGAAUAUCUGACUUUGCAAGUUUUGGAUUUCAGGCACAACUUGAAGCCAAGCUUGCCGCCGCAGAUGCCGAGAAUGUCCAGCUCGUAGAGAAGCACGGCAACGAGUUAGCGGAGCUCGAAAGAAAAUACAUAGAGCAAAAUGAACGACUUGGCAACGAAAUCCGGAUGCACGUCGAGAUAACCGGCAAUCUCCAGAGGGAAAUUGAUAUCAUCCAGGCGGAUGCCGCUGGAGUGACACGAGACAUCGAUUUGCUGCGGGAGGCCGACGGGCUUCAUAUGCAAAGGAGCAGCACACAGGCCCGAGUUAUCGCCGAAAGCAACUCAAGAGUACACGCCAUUAUCACUAAGAUCCUCUCCUUCGUUCUUACAGCUUUUAUUCCAGCUAGUGAGGCUCGAGCAAAGCAUUGGCAAUGUCGUUCGUCAACAAUGCGGCGGAUCCUCCAGACGAAAGCCAAGGAGCUCCGGCGCGUGAGGCAGCUCGCCCAGCAAGUCCUCCGCGAGCGCGGCGAGGUGGAGUCGUUCCUCAUCGAGUCGCUCCACACGGUGGUGGAGGAGAUCAAAAAGUCCAAGAAGCAGCAAACGCCGCCAAUCCUCACCAAAGCCAUGCUGCGCGCGUGCAGCGAGCAGAAGAAACCCGACGCCUCCUCCAAGCCGGCCACGUCCUCGUCGCCGCCAUCGCCAAGCUCGCAAAAGUCGUCCUCGGCCCGGUCAGCGCAGUCGGCAAAGUCGGCGCAGUCAGCGAAGUCAGCGCAGUCGGCCAAGUCAGCGCACUCGGUUGACUCCGCCGCCGCCAAGCCCAAGCCCAACCGCGCGGUCAACAAGCUGGUCAAGUCGAAGUCGCAGCUGGAGGGGGAGACGCAGCUGGACGUGAUGGGGCAGAUGGAGGAGGUGCCGGUGCGGCUGGAGGCGGCGGUGGACGUGUCGCAGCUCAGCUGGGGCGACAAGGAGAAGGUCCUGCGCUACCUGUUUGCCAAGAUCAACAGCGCGCACCAGAUCCCCGGCAGCGUCGUCAUGAGCCAGGCGCGCUACCCCGAGCUCUUCGACGACGACGACGACGCCGAGGAGCAGCACCUGUUUGGAUCCGUCAGCGACGCGGGCAGGGUCCUCGUUUGA